CCCCCGGGGGCUGCGCAGCUUCCUCCAGAGCUCGGGAACCUCGGACGUGGCGAGGCGGUCAGAAGGCUGGAGCGCGGCACAUAGAGGUCCCUCGGGCGGACCUUCUGAGCCGCAGUCCAGCCAGGGAGCGCCGACGCAUCUUUCCAGGUACACCGCACCGACUGGCGGAGGCCUACUGCGCGUGCGCCGGGGCCUUAGCGGGGCGCCACACCUGGGUGGGCAGGGGCUGCUCGCGCACGCGCGCCGCGGUGCCCGCGGGCUGUGGGGAGUUGGGCGUCGUUUGUCACUGCUAGGGAGCGCUGUCGCUGGCGUGGCGUCAUUCCCGCGGCUUCUGUGCUCCGGCUCAGCUCGGGGCGGGGCGGGAGGAUGACUUCGGAGAUGGAGUCGUCGCUGGAGGUCAGCUUCUCGUCCAGCUGUGCGGUGUCAGGGGCGUCUGGGUGUUUGCCUCCCGCCCGCUCCCGCAUCUUCAAGAUCAUAGUGAUCGGCGACUCGAACGUGGGCAAGACGUGCCUGACUUACCGCUUCUGCGCCGGCCGCUUCCCCGACCGCACCGAGGCCACGAUCGGGGUGGACUUCCGAGAGCGAGCCGUGGAUAUUGAUGGAGAGCGCAUCAAGAUCCAGUUGUGGGACACGGCAGGGCAGGAGCGGUUCAGGAAGAGCAUGGUCCAGCACUACUACAGGAAUGUGCAUGCUGUCGUCUUUGUGUAUGACAUGACCAACAUGGCCAGCUUCCACAGCCUGCCGGCUUGGAUAGAGGAAUGCAAACAGCACUUGCUGGCGAACGACAUACCUCGAAUUCUGGUGGGAAAUAAAUGUGACUUGAGAAGCGCCAUUCAGGUGCCCACAGACUUGGCACAGAAGUUUGCUGACACACACAGUAUGCCUUUGUUUGAGACCUCUGCUAAAAACCCCAAUGAUAAUGACCACGUAGAAGCUAUAUUCAUGACCUUAGCUCAUAAGCUAAAGAGCCACAAGCCAUUGAUGCUUAGCCAGCUGCCUGAUAACAGAAUUAGCCUGAAACCUGAGACCAAGCCUGCGGUGACUUGCUGGUGCUGAGUCAUAGGUGUGGCCAUUGCGGGUCUGACUUACCUGAAGAGAUGAUUGGGAAGUGUGACAGUGAUGAAGUUCGUAAGAGUAAAUCCUAACUGUAGUAGAUCAUUCUGCUGUUAUCGUUGUUAUGAUGCCUUUUGUAUUUUGCAUCCUCUCAAUCAAGUUUGUCACUGAGACAGCACAUGGAAAAGGCCGCUUUACAGUGGGGAUUGAAAAUGAAGACUACCGGGGCCAUCUUUCCAGCUCCAGCCAGAAGCAGCAGCUUCAAGUGAGCAUGAUGGACCUUAAAUGGUUGGUCCUCUUCCUCUCUGGGUCCCUGGAGCAGCAGAAGCCAUGCUGGGUAGUGCACACAUGCAGAGCAGCUGGAGCGAGCCGCAAGCUAAUAGGGUGCUUUAAUUACUCUGUCUUUAAGCACUAAAAACUAAUCAAAAGAAAGCAAGCAGUUGUAACAGGAGUUUACUUUAGCCAUGACAUUUAAUCAGAAUAUCAAAUAUUCUGGUGCCCCUUGUCCUCUGUUCCCAGUCACAGUCAGUUGGGUGACUCGGAGCUGAUUUCAGUCAGCAUCCAUUUGGCUGGGUUCUGUAUGUAUGUUCCUGUAAUUGUAUUGUUGGAUGAGGUUUUGACAUGCGUGAAUUUUAUGGCCUUGGUAUAAAAAUUGGUAAAGCAAACUGUUCCUUGGUAUAAAAAAUGAGUUAAGUAUUGAAAAAUAUCUUACCUGUCCCUCAAUGAUGAAAGAAAUGGUUUAGAAAGAUUUUUUUUUUUUGCCCUAAGUACUUGUAGUUUGAGUUUAAAACUUUGCACAAAGGAAAUAGCACGUUUACAUAUGAAGGUCUUAGCAGAGUGGUGUGUAAGCUGUGCUCAGCCUAAGUCCGCACAUCCUCUUUGUGACAGCUUGCAACCCUUGCCAAUUUUAGAGGAAAUGAAGCCAAAAUAAUGUCUUACUUAAAUAUUUUCAUAAUGUGGGAAACAAACAUAACCCAACCUAGUUUCAGAUUCUUGUUUCAUUAUUCUGAUGGUCCCAACUGGACAGUUCAUUUAUGAAAGCAAAAUUGUUCUAUUUAAUAAACUAAGUGAAAGUAACUUAAGGGAUGAUUGUACAAUUUAAAUAUUAAUUCAGUAAAUACAAUGAAAUGAAGAUUAGGACCCAGAUUGGCUUUCUUUGUAGUUAGAAAGAUCUUUCUUUGGUUCCUUCUUUUUUUCUUUUUUUUAAUAGAAGGUCUCUCUUUGUGGGCCUGACUGGCCUGGGACAGGGGUGGCCUCAGACUUACAGAUACCGACCUGCCUCUUCCUCCAGCUGCUGGGAGUUAAAGGCUUCUGUCACCAGGACUAGCCCAAUACAUCUUUCUUAAUCAUGCUACAAUUAAAGAUUAAAGGUUGUCUUCUGUCUAAAUGAAUGCUGACUUGUGAACUGUUUUCCUGGUGACACAAAAUGGCGGUAGUGACGGGUGGCUGCAGAUGUUUGUACGGAGGAACAUCUGGUCAUUGUUCUUCCACGUUCUGUACACCGAGGGUGGGGGGAGCUGAUCUGUUCUCUAAGUACCUCUGUGGUUUUCUUCUGGACUGUUUCAGUACAGAACUGUUAAUUAGUCAUUUUUCUUUUUAAUGUAACUUUUCUUAAUGAGCAUUCUUACAAUUCUGUGAAAAGCAUAAUUUUUUCAUUUUAGUAUUUAUUAAUCAAAACAUAUUUGUAACUCAUUUGUAACGACCUAUCACUUUAGUUUUAGUUUUUUAUUUGAAAAAGAUACAACCCAGGUGAGCAAGGACAACCCCUUUAGAUGUGGUCCAAGGCGCUUGGGCUUAUAACGCACUUUAUAGACUAUUGAUAUUACUUUCAAAAUGAUGGUGAGGUGACAUCUUGUUACUUUUUUAAGCACAAAUCACACAUUUUGUACAUCUGUGAUUUUAUUUUGGCUGACAUUUAAUGGAAAGUGUCACGUUUUAGGAAAAAAAAUCUUAAUUUGUGAACAGCAAAGCAAACUCCUCUGGCGUCUGUUGUGGUUGGUUGACAGUGUACACCUCUUUGAUGUUCUCCCAACAAGGAUGAUAGUUUUGCUGUGAAACAGCGCCACCUUUAACACUUCUCCCAUAACGUACAAUAAAUCAUCUUUGCCACGAGGAAGCGUUUCUUUCUUUGGUUUUCUGGGUUGAAUGUAAAAUUAAAGAACGUACUUCUUCCUGUCUACUGUGGUUUUCAGAAAAUAUGUACGGCCUACAGUUCGUUCAUUUGAAAAUCCCAAAUCUGGGGCUGGUGAGAUGGCUCAGUGGGUAAGAGCACCUGACUGCUCUUCCGAAGGUCCAGAGUUCAAAUCCCAGCAACCACAUGGUGGCUCACAACCAUCCGUAACGAGAUCUGACUCCCUCUUCUGGAGUGUCUGAAGACAGCUACAAUGUACUUACAUAUAAUAAAUAAAUAAAUCUUUAAAAAAAAAAAAAAAAAA